UUGACGCAUCAUGGGAAACGCACAAUCAAACCUGCCUCGUGGUAACGACAAAAAGCAGGAUAAAAAACAAGAAAAGAAAAAGUGGGAGCCACCUGUGCCUACUCGUGUUGGCAAGAAAAAGAAGAGAGGACCUGAUACAAUUGCCAAAUUACCACCAGUGUUUCCUACUACACGAUGCCGUUUAAAGAUGUUGAAGAUGGAACGCAUCAAGGAUUAUCUUUUGUUGGAAGAAGAAUUUGUUCAGAAUCAGGAACAGUUGAAACCUCAGGAAGGCCGAGAUGAAGAGGAACGGACACGUGUAGAUGACUUGCGUGGUUCGCCUAUGGGAGUCGGCUCACUUGAGGAAAUCAUCGAUGAUGACCACGUCAUCGUAUCUUCGUCUACUGGCCCAGAGUACUAUGUGUCUGUCAUGAGUUUUGUUGACAAGGACCUGCUUGAGCCAGGAUGUAGUGUAUUACUGCACCACAAGACCAUGUCGGUAGUUGGUGUGUUGGCCGACGAUGCUGACCCCAUGGUCAGCGUAAUGAAACUUGAAAAGGCACCGACCGAAUCAUAUGCCGAUAUCGGUGGUCUUGAACAGCAAAUCCAAGAAAUCAAGGAAGCUGUGGAAUUGCCUUUGACCCACCCAGAACUCUAUGAAGAAAUGGGUAUCAAACCACCAAAGGGCGUCAUUCUUUAUGGUGUUCCUGGUACUGGCAAAACAUUGCUUGCAAAGGCGGUUGCCAACCAGACCAGUGCAACCUUCUUGCGCAUCGUUGGUUCUGAACUGAUCCAAAAGUACCUCGGUGACGGCCCAAAGCUGGUGCGCGAGUUAUUUCGUGUAGCCGAAGAGAAUGCACCUUCGAUUGUGUUUAUCGAUGAGAUUGACGCAAUCGGAACCAAGCGUUACGAUUCUACGUCGGGCGGUGAGCGUGAGAUCCAGCGUACGAUGCUUGAGUUGCUCAACCAGCUCGAUGGAUUCGAUUCACGCGGAGACGUCAAGGUUAUCAUGGCAACCAACAAAAUCGAUAGCCUUGAUCCGGCCCUGAUCCGACCUGGCCGAAUUGAUCGUAAGAUCGAGUUUCCCUUGCCAGAUGUCAAGACAAAGCGACGCAUUUUUGGUAUCCACACUUCUCGCAUGACUUUAUCCGAAGAUGUUGACCUGGAAGAGUUUGUGAUGUCUAAAGAUGAUUUAUCUGGUGCUGACAUCAAGGCCAUUUGUACCGAGGCAGGUCUUCUUGCGUUACGCGAAAGAAGAAUGAAGGUUGUUGCAGAGGAUCUUAGAAAGGCACGCGAAAAAGUGCUUUAUAGAAAGAGUGAGGGUACGCCCGAGGGUCUUUACCUUUGAAAAGAAAGACUAUUUCUUGGUUUCUUUCACAUUACCACAAUCACUAUUUUAUAUAUUAUAUAUUAAAUAUUAAUGAUAAAAAAAAAUUAUAUAU